AUGGUCAGUGAGGGUUCAUUACCCCUUUAUUUGUUCCUGAUAUGCCAAAUGUCCUCACUUUAUCCGGAUGAGAGCUACUGCACGACUGAAAUAGGGCGUUUAUUGUUCCAACCAAAGAAUGAGUGGGCAGUUACGGGUAGGGUGGUGGACGCUGUUGAUGUGAAGAAUAUCACUGGCACUCAUACAGACUAUCUAAUUGAGAUCAAAUGUAUCCCACGCAACAACAUCGAACUAGACGAUCGAUUUUUUACCCUCACAUCUCGUUUUCGAGAACUAAACCGCCUUCAUGCGAAUCUAUCCAAAUUGCAUAAACAGCUGUACUUACGUGGAGCAUUUCCCCACUUCGCCGCACCUCGUCUUCUGGGUAGCUGCGAGCCAUCUGUGAUCGCCGAACGACGACGCUGUAUUGACGAAUUUUUAGCCUUUGUGUUAGACAGUGAGGUUUUAAGAAAAGCAAGAGUGUUGCAGGAGUGGGUAGAGAAAGCCAGUGAACAUGCGAAUCCUGGUCAGCUUGCCACUCCGAGUUCGUUCUUGUAUGAGGGUGUGAAUAUAAUGGAUGCUCCAAAUAUUGUCGAACAGAAUGGUGACACGUCUCAGGUGCUGACUCCACAAACCGUACCUCCUCCAGAACUCGAAACAACGGGAACAAGUGUAGGAUUACAUACAUCCGCAUCAACCGGCGAAUUUCAGUUUCCUGAUGUUGUCAUUAGUCCCGACGACCCAGCGGCUGAGAUCUCGCUCCGACCUCGUCGGAAAACUUCAGUUAUGGAGCGAUUCUUCCCGAAACUUUCGCCAUCAAGCAAUUCCACGCAAGCAGUUCCUCCACUGGAUGAAUCCGACUAUCUGGUGAAAGCCGCACAUUUGGUUUCUACAGCACAACGCGCCGAACACGAACAUGCGUACGAGCUAGCGUUUCAAUGCUAUAAAAAUGCUGCCAGUAGUCUGAUUCAGGGCAUUCAACAUGAAUCGGACAUGGCGCGACGGAAUGCAGUUCGCAGAAAAACGGCAAAAUAUCUCGUAGCCGCGGAGCGGCUUUAUCGUACACAUCUGGCUUAUGAUGGCAUUGCACCUAUAGUGAAUUUAGAGUCUCUCGUUGAAUCUACGAUGGCGGACCCGGACGUACUUGCGUUUCAGUGCGCCAAUGCGUGUCUAAAAAACUAUCGUGUUGUUGGCGUGCUACCAAAUAUAAAUGCCAUAAAAUGGGUGUUAAAAGUGGAAGAGAAGUCGACAGGGAGACACUUUAUCAUGAAACUGCUUGAAAAGGGUGUUCGGACAGCAAGAAGCCGAGUAUUGCUCCCAACAAAUGUUCCACAUAUGGUACAACUGCACCAAUUCUUUGAGACGGAAACAUACAUUAUUCUGGUUUUGGAUUAUGUGGAAAGUGGGACCUUAUGGAAUUUUCUCGCACAUUAUUUCGGUGAAUCAGAGAAGAGAUUUCUGCUUUCUCUGGCUGCCGGAGAUGAAGAAGUGAUAGGUGAUAGGGCAUGUCCAACAGUAGGAGUGCAACAAAUGGCUGCUGAACUGGAAUGCUAUCGAGGGCGUCGCCUUCAUUUCUCAGUUGGAGUGGAUUUUGAACGUGUUGCGGAGAUGCGCGAUGAGACGCAAAGUAACGAUGUCCCAUCAACUUCGGGAAUGGUCUGCACUAUGGGGGAGGAUGCUACUGGAGUAUGCAGUGCUCCUCAGGGUGAUUUCUAUCUGAUUGGAGAAGGCGCUGCGGAAAAUGUAUCACUGAAAAGUGAGGAGUCUCCGGCUCGGGUACGACUGCCCAGCAGACAAGAUGAUGAUCCAUUGGUAGAUGAAAUCACCGCAAAUCAAACGCUAUUGACUUGUAUUUCGAGUGUGCGUUCACAAUUGCGCCGCGAACGACGGCGGACUUGGCCCGGGCUCCGACCAUUGCCUGAAACGUUGAUUGUGCAUUGGUCUGCUCAACUUGUUAGCUGGUUGUACGUGAUGCAUAACGAACAUGCGGAAGUGAUCGCGGAUUUGCGCCCUGAUAAUUUACUAAUCGGCUUGGAUGGAAACUUGCAAUUAACCUAUUACGGAAAUUGGCAUAACAAUGGAAGGCCGAAGGAUGUUGUCGAAGGAUACAGCGCUCCAGAAUGCUUCAAAUAUGGAUGGGUACCAAAUGUGGCGAACGAUGUGUGGACGCUGGGUGCGAUCAUGUUUGAAUUGCUUAGUGGUCGUGCGCUUGUGAAUGCCGCACCGCAUGGAGUGACAAGAUGCGAGGAACUUCCAAUUCCAGAUGAUACUAUAAUUUCUUUUGCGGCAAGAGAUCUACUUUCACAACUGCUUAGUGAUAUAACUGCGCGCCCCUCGUUAGAAAUUGUCCGAGCGCAUGCGUUCUUUCGGAGUAUCGACUGGUCAUUGUACGAUAACCCACAUACGUGCGCUUUGAGCAAGGCGUCCUCAACUAACUGUUCGGCAACUGAGCUGAGAAUGAGUCGAGAGUCUGGGGAGAGCGAUUCGGGUUUGCCGCUGUACGUGCCUGAUCUUUUGGAUGUUGUAAUAGAUGAUGAGGAGUGCGGUUAA